UGCGCAUGCGCGAAAUUAAUAUCCGUUUGGGAGUUGAUUUGACAACUUCCUUUUAGUGUGGCUCUUUUGCAAGAUGGCACCGCCAAAGCCAAAGUCAGCGGAUAAACCCGCGGCGAAAAAAGAAGAAAAGAAGAAGACGGCCCCAGCCUCUGCGGCUGGUGGUUCUAGUAAAGCGGCUCCUGCUCCAAAAGCAGCAGCUGCAAAACCUGCAUCAGCACCAGCUGCUGCAGCUCCAAAACCAGCAGCGGCUGCUCCUAAACAAGCUGAAAAGAAAGCAGCCAAACCGGCAGAGAAAAAACCAGCGACUGCUGCAAAACCAGCAGCGAAAAAUGUAGCAAAAUCAACAACUGCUAAGCCGAAGGUUGCCGCAGGGAAACCUUCAGCGAAAAGCGUUAAAAAGCCAGCAUCGAAAGUUACUGCAAAACCGAAGGCUCCUGUUAAAUCUGUUUUAUCUAAACCUAAAGUUCAUGUUCCACCGAAACAGCAAAAACAAAAGGUUUCUAAGCCUGUUGAAAAAGCUAAAAAAGUUCAAAUUAAAGUUAUUAAAGGUCCACAUGGAACCCACAUCCGUAAAGUUAGGACAUCGGUCCAUUUUAGAAGGCCAAAAACCCUUAGGCCUCCAAGAAAUCCAAAAUAUCCAAGGAAAGCUAUCCCCAACAGAAACCGCAUGGAUGCUUACAACAUCAUCAAAUAUCCGUUAACUACGGAAGCGGCGAUGAAGAAAAUUGAAGAUAAUAAUACUUUGGUUUUCUUGGUACACACCAGCGCCAAUAAGCACCAUAUUAGGGCUGCUGUUAAGAAGCUCUAUGACAUAAAUGUGGCUAAAGUGAACACGUUGAUCAGACCAGACGGUAAAAAGAAGGCGUAUGUUCGAUUGGCUAGAGACUAUGAUGCACUUGACGUUGCCAAUAAAAUUGGUAUUAUAUAAAUUUGCUUUCGAAUUUUUGUUGUGUACGUUAAUUGUAUUAAUAAAAAUUUGAAAGAUUA